AUGGAUGAAGAAAGAUUCAGAGCGUGCUGGUGCUAUUGCAAGUACGUGUGACUGCUGUGAAUUGCGUCUGGCGGAGUUUUUAUGACCUCAAAGCGCUCGCUAAUUCGUUUUCGAAGUGUUUUUUUGUUGAUAAAUUGAUACGAUAGGAAGGUCAAACGCAUCUCUAUCUCUUUUCCACCCCCUUUUUUUUUUACCAAACCUCGCAAGCUGUAAUGAUAGCCAGGGAUUUGCAGCGGUCUCUAUCCAAGAUCUUGGACUUGCUAUCAUAUCCCAGAAGUCGGUCUCAACGUCACGAUCCGACAAAUUUCGCCAGUCCUUCCCAAUAACUAUGAGGUAUUCAUAUACGCUCUUUUUCGGAGAAGAAGAAGUGUUUCAGUUUUCACAGCUGGACGGUUUUCAGAACAUUUUGAAUUCCAGGACUCGUCUCUUCCGGUUUCGGCUUUUGUGGUGGAUGUGGAGAAUUUUUCGGAGCACGACUACGAGGUUUCAGUGGCUUUCACGUUUCGAAACGGUACCGGAAACCGUCGUUGGGAGCGCGAGUCUGAGUGUGGUGCCGCGAAAUUCGUCGCCGCCGGCUCACAAUCCUUUGCCCCAGGUACUUUUUUCAAAUCAUUCUUCCAAACUGUAGCAACUGCCAUAUUUUCAUUCAAUUCUAUACACAUCAACUCAAACGUUUUUUUUUUCUCUCGUUUCCAUAUCUCUUUGCGCCUUUUUCGUUGGCUCUUUUCGAAUAAGAUUAAUAUUUAACUUCUAAAAACUUACAAUUCGCAGAACACAAUAUAUAGUGCGCAACAUUGAUUGAAGAAAGCUAGGUAGGAGUCCCAGAAGACAGCUGAGAAGGCGAAAAAAGCAGAUAAUUAGUUAAGUGAAAGAAGAAAUCUCAUCAGUUUGUGAGAUAAGAAAAGGAUAGCUGUGAAAAAUUUUUGAUGAGCGAAAAAGGAGAUCCAUACCCAUUCACGAUAAUAGAUAUUCAAACCAAUAGUACAAAAAAUAUGACUCUUAUGACUUUUUAAUUUUUUUUUCUCUGUGAAAGUUGUCGAUAUUUCCACAAAUGAGGGAAAUUUCCAGUCUGUGGAGCGAUUUUGUCGCACUCGAUCGCCAACAUGCCGUGUGCCUUCGGACUGGCGACGUCGACGGUCUGUUUUGACGCGAAACUGAAGACGUCGGACCCUUCCUUGCAGCAAGUCGAGGAUCGUGUGACGACGUCCGUCUGCCAACGCUUCGAUCCCUCUCAGUCUGGCGUCGGAGUCUGGGCGACGCUCUCCCAGACCGGCGACCUUCCUCUCGUGGUUUUUGCCCUCUUCCUUCUCCUUCUAAACUUAGCUCUUGAGGACGAAGACUGCGCUAAAAAUUCGCGUGAAAUGGCUAUUGGCGUGUGCAAUCGGUUUCAUCUGACACGGACGUCCAAAAGAACCGUUGAUUAUUCUCUGAGUUGGGACAUGCCACGCGUCAGUUUCGGCUCUCUCGCGCGGACGUAUCUCAGGUUAGGGAAAUAUUCAAGUGGAAAGUUUCUCAUUGUGGAACAAACUUAAAUACCAAAUGGGGGUGAGCACCGUCUAUUCAGACAAUCUUUUCCUCCAGCCGUUUCCACAGAUCAGCUGUUAGAUUAUUUGAUUGUCUUGAUGUUUUAUUUUUUUGUAUUUGUCGUGCUGAUUGCGGAAUGGCGAAUAAACACUUGAAAUGAAAUGAAAUGAAAUUCCCCUACUUUGUCAAUAAAUGAAUAGAUCCUAAAGAUAUGAGAUAUACCUUGAGCUUAGAAAGGUACAUAUUUCGAAAUCUUCAAAAAAGUAAUUAGCUAACUUAGCUUUGCUGUUAAAUCUCUUUUUAUUCGUUUCGAUUCCCUUGGGCAAUUAAUCCUUUUUUUCAUUGAAACUACAGAUAAACUUUAAUUCGUGUAUCCCAUGUUAAUUAACUUUCAAAUCUUGUGAGGGAAAAUUCUGCAGUAAUAAUUAGAAAAAAAGCAUAAGAAGUUCAUUUCUCUGCUCUUCGAACUUUUUUUCACUACAAAAAUUAAAUUUUUUUAGACUCAAAAAAAUAAGUAAAAAAACUCAUCAGCCGACCUAAGACUCGCUUUUUUUGAAUAUGAUCGUUCCCCCCUUACUUAUGCUCUGAAUUGUCGUUUCGAGUAUUGGUGACACAACCGAAGACAUUUUCAUUACAGACGUUACGCAACCUUUUUCGGAGGCGCCAGAGGAGCCGUCGGCGGAAUGGCGGACGCCCUUUGCGUGAGAGCUCUGCGACGUCGUCGGAUGUGGGAGACGGCGAUCGACGAAUGGCAGUCGCCUGUCCUCGACCACCCGCUGCUCCCUUCUUGGUACAAGUCGGCGCUCUUCAACGAGCUCUACUUCAUGACGGACGGCGGAUCGGUAGAACGCUUCUUUUCUGUCAUUUUCAAGAGAGAUUUCACAGGUUUGGUUUGCUUUUGACGACGGCUGGACUCAUCACGAGAAUCACCUCAGCGAGUACACCAAGUCUCUGAUGCGGAAACACGGGCGGUUUGGAUACCUCGAAUGUUUGUCUUUAUUCAGGAAAUAUUCCAAAAACUCUGCUAUUUUUUAGCCUGGGAAUACCGCAUGGUGAACACUUAUGACGUUCACUUUUAUGCCUCAUAUGCCCUGGCGGUUCUCUGGCCGCAGCUCGAACUCGCCGUCCAGUCGGAAUUCAGUAAUCAUCUCCAUCCGUGUUCAGAGAGAACUGUGACUUGCAGCUGAUCAAGUCUACCACACAAUCGACAAACAAAUCAAGUUUCACAUGGAAGGCGACUGGGCCAACUUGAAAACGGCUUCCCGAGUACCGCACGAUUUGGGAAAUCCCGGUGAGAACAUCAUGUAUUCAAACAUGUGUUUUCACUCAAAAACGACUUGCGGCCUCAACUCGUGAACUUUUGUUGUGCUAAUCAAGAUUUUGUAGCCGACGAGCCGUGGAUAGCCACCAACGCCUAUGUUAUGCACGACACGGGAAAAUGGAAAGACCUCAACAUGAAGUACGUUCUGACGUCAUGGCGAGACUAUGUCGCUCUGACGGACCGCGACUCUGCUUUUCUACAGCAUACUUGGCCUGCCGUCCAGGUUUUGCCUCUAGAACUCCCCCUACGUAAUCUCGAUUGAAGAACAUCAUGCUGGAAGCGAUGGAGUCCUGGGACAAAGAUCGCGACGGCAUGAUCGAGAAUUUCGGAAAGGCUGAUCAAACCUACGACGCUUGGCAAAUGGAAGGCGUCAGGUUUUUCCCCUGAUUCGGUCCAAAAUUAGCGGGUUUCUCAGUGCAUAUUGCGGCUCUUUGUGGCUGGCUUCACUGCGCGUUUCGGCAGAAAUGGCGACGGCGGCCGGCGAAGAUAAAACUGCUUCGUUGUUUUCUGAGACGCUGGGACGAGCUCGAAAGGUUUUCAUUCGGGAACUUUGGACUGGACGUUACUUCAGAUUUUGCCAGCGCUCCAGAAGGUAAACGAAUUAUCCUUUCUCGUGUUUACGAAGAAUGCAUUGCAGUCGUGAAACAGUGAUGGCGGAUCAAUUGUGCGGCUACUGGUUCUUGCAGUCCGUUUCUCCGGAGUUGGCGACCGAUGUUCGUUUCGCGACCUUAGUCCGGCUAACUAUUGUUGAGUUCAGCUUCUUCCCGAGGAAAUGGUCAGAAGUGCUCUGGCCACCAUUUACGACCUGAACGUGUGCCGUUUUGGCAACGGCAACAUGGGCGCGGUCAACGGAAUGCGACCUGAUGGCCGUGUCGACCGCGAGUACAUCCAGGCUAGUCAGCGCCAACCUCGGAGAUGUGUAACUUCUGGUUUUAAGGCCGACGAGAUGUGGACUGGAGUGACCUACGCCGUGGCGGCUCUUCUCAUCCAGCAGGGCGAGAUUUCGAAGGCUUUCCAAACGGCCGCCGGCAGCUACGAUUCUUGCUUCGAACGCCUCGGUCUCCAGUACCAGACACCCGAAGCUAUUUAUGAGACCAAGUUUGUUGCGUGGUGAAAACAAAAACAAUCUGAACUAUCUCUCAGGUUUUACCGUGCGAUCGGAUACAUGCGUCCGCUGUCGAUCUGGGCGAUGCAAUGGGCCUUGGAGCGACAUCGCGGUCUGCACACUCCAAGGGAGGACCUCUCGGAGCCCUUGUUCCGCAGUCAGCCGCUCGAGACGGCUGCCGAGCCGUCGACCAGCGAGGACUCUGGAAGCCUUGGAUACGUCAGCGACUUCAGAGACGACAGAGACGAGUCUUCUGUCUCGGCGUCUGCGCUUCGCCCUCCGGCGCCUCUUUCUUCUUUUCCGCCUUUGGCUCCCAAUGCGUAG